UAGGGAGAAUUUAGAGAGAUCAGUUAACCUAACAGUCAUGUUUUUGGACUGUGGGAGGAAGACGGAGUGCCUGGAGAGAAUCCACGCACGCACAGGGAGAACAUGCAAACUCCAUGCAGAAAGACCCCGGGCCGGGAAUCAAACCCAAGACAUUCUUGCUGCAAGGCAACAGCUCUACCAACUGCACCACUGUGCAGCCCAAGAAAAACACAAAUAAAAAUAAAAUUAUUUGCCAGUACAACCAUAGAGGAAACAUGACAAACUCAGUUCUUUAUUAAUGGCAAAGGGUUACUGGCAUUAAAUCUUUGUGGUAAAAGUAUGAAUCCAUUUUCUCUAUAUAUUUUUUUAUUCAUCAAAGCUUCAGGUAUGGAGUGGAGUAAACCAACUCCGGAGUUGAAAUCAGUGUCAUGUUAAUACUCAAAGGUUAAAUAGGUGUGGCCAACAGAGAACAAAAACCCCACAGGAACCUAAAGUCCUCUCUGUCUUAGCUGUAAAUUCAGAUCAGGAGACUUUAAGCAGCUGAGAACAUGGAGACUUUGAAGGAUUUUGAUUUCUUUCUAUUCUCCAGUCCUACCACUGUACUUGGACUAAGUCUCCUUUUCAUAAUCCUUUAUUUGGUGACUGUUGGUUCCUCCAGAGAAAUGGGUAAAGAGCCUCCAGGACCAAAGCCUCUGCCUCUGCUUGGCAACCUGCUGCAGCUUGACCUCCAGAGACCCUACAAAACACUCUGUGAGCUUUCCAAGAAAUAUGGGUCUGUAUUUACAGUUUAUUUUGGGCCGAAAAAAGUGGUUGUCCUAGCCGGGUACAGGACAGUCAGAGAGGCUCUGGUCAGCUAUCCAGAAGAAUUUGGAGAAAGAGAAAUCCUACCUGUAUUUGUGGAUUUAUCAAAACAUCAUGGAAUUCUGUUUGCAAACGGAGAAACUUGGAAAGAGAUGCGUCGUUUUGCCCUCAGCACCCUGAAAGACUUUGGGAUGGGGAAGAGAGUUGCAGAGGAGAAAAUCUUAGAGGAGUGUGGACACCUCAUUGAAGUGUUUGAGAGUUAUAAAGGGAAACCAUUUAACACAUCUCAUCCAACAAAUAAUGCAACAUCCAACAUCAUCUCCUCCAUUGUGUUUGGAAGCCGAUUUGAAUAUGAUGAUCCUCAAUUCAUAGAUUUGGUUAAUCGAGUCACUGAGAAUAUUAAGGUAGUUGGUUCAGCAGGAAUCCAGUUGUACAAUACAUUUCCCCGGCUGGUUGGAUGGAUAAAAGGCCGUCAGAUUCUGUUAAAAAAUUGUGAAACGACAUUGAAAGACCUGAAGCAUUUAACCCAGAAACUGAAAGAGACACUCAACCCUCAGAUUUGCAGAGGAGUGAUCGACUGUUUUCUGAUUCAAAAGCAGAAAGAAGAGGAUUCUUUUGUCAAAGACACUCAGUUCACUGAGGAGAACCUGUUAUAUACAGUCUCAAACCUGUUUUCUGCUGGAACCGACACCACAGCUGCAACACUGAGGUGGGGUUUGCUGCUCAUGGCAAAGUAUCCACAAAUUCAAGACCAGGUUCAGGAGGAGCUGACCAGGGUGGUUGGAAGCCGCGAGGUUCAUGUGGAAGACCGUAAAAAUCUGCCGUACACUGAUGCUGUCAUCCAUGAGAUACAGCGGCUCGGUAACAUUUCUCCUAUGGCGGUCCCACACAAAACCAGUCGAGAUGUUACCUUUCAGGGGUAUUUGAUCAAAGAGGGAACUACUGUGAUUCCCCUCCUUACAUCUGUACUGUAUGAUGAGAGUGAAUGGGAGAGCCCACACACCUUCAACCCUUCUCAUUUCUUGGACAAGGAGGGAAGAUUUAUCAAGAGAGAUGCCUUUCUGCCAUUUUCUGCGGGUCGCAGGGUGUGUCUUGGUGAGAGUCUGGCAAAGAUGGAGGUUUUCCUCUUCUUCACCUCACUCCUUCAACGUUUUCGUUUCACGCCUCCACCUGGAGUUUCUGAAGAUGAUCUGGAUCUGACUCCAGCAGUGGGAUUCACCGCCCCUCCUUCUCCUCAUGAGCUCUGUGCUCUCAGUCGGCAGUGAAGAAUGAAGCACUAGAUUGUAGUUGAUGUCUCUACCAGAACCCUGAUGUCACUAUUACAAAUGAUCACUUUAAAUGUCUGCAUGUUACUUUAAUUUGCACACGUUAUUUAAGGAGCUUGAAAGAGUUCUUUAGCUGUGGCUUUAUCCCUCACUUCCUUCUUUUCUUCUAUUGAGUGAAUUUCACUGACAUAUAUAGAUGAUGAAGAGAUUCAGUUUGUAUCCACAUUAUUUACUCAUGACAAAGCAAAUUUAUAGAGCAUGUAAUAAUUUAAGGUAGAGUCAUCCUUAACAUUGCUAAAACAUCUGAGUGAAAUGUCAUAUUGAUUAUGACAUAUUACUGAAACAAUUGGAGAGUUGGGUGGGACUCUCUGGUCCAGAACCCCAUUGGUUGAAAUCUUACAUUAAGAACAGGGAUUUCUUUGCUUCCAUAGGAAAUUUCUCAUUGAAGUGGACAGAAGUCACCUGUGGGGUACCCCAAGGUUCAAUCCUAGGACCCCUCUUAGUCAUUACCUUUGUGCUCCCACUAGUUCAGGCAAUAAGAUUAGCUACCACAGCUAAGCAGAUGAUACACAGCUCUAUGGUACAUUAUCAUAGGUGACUCCAAACAAACAGAUGGUUAGAACAGAUAAAUGUGUGGAUGUGCCACAUCUUUCUCCACCUGAAUAUAAACAAUACUUAACAGAAGUUAUUAUCUAUGGACUUAAAGAGGAACGAUCUAGAGUCAGCGCACAACUUCAGCUUUGACAGAUGGAAACCGGCAAUCAGGCCUGAAAUCUGGGUGUAGAUAUGGACUCAGACCUGAACAUUCAGAGCCACAUAAAGACAGUUACAAAGACAGCCUUCUAUCACCUGAAGUACAUUUAGAGAAUUAAAGGACUGAUGUCUCAGCAAGAUCCAAAGAAACUCACCCUUGUGCUUAUCAUCAGUCGCAAUGAUUACUACAACAGCAUCUUCAGGUCUGCGUAAAAACAUCAAUCAGACAGCUGCAACUGAUCCAAAAUGCAGCUGUUCAGGUUCUGACUAAAACCAGGUGGAUAGAACCUACCAUUCCAGUUAUAAAAUCCUUAUAUCACAGAGAAUAGGCUUUAAAAUACUGUUAUUAGUUCAUAAGUCACUGAAUGGCUUAGCAUUACAAUACAUUAAAGAUCUGUUGCUGCUGUAUCAACUUUCCAGACCUCUGAGGUCUGAAAAGUUGAUACUGGUCUACUGGUGCUAGUCUGCUCCGCAUCCCCAGAACCUGAACUAAGCAUAGAAUGUUUUGUGGCUCAAACAACCCUUCAUAUGUUCACACAACUGCAUUAUCAUCCUCUAAAUGACAUUUGGUGUGUCCUGAAAAGAGAUCCUAGAGAUUGUCACUGUAAUUCUUCUCAUUGCUUAUUUUUUAGCAUCUAAUGGAGGUUGGAGGCCUGCGGAAUUUCUAUGGCAUAUUUCAGGCCAGCUGUAUGUUGCAGGGACUGGGCGGGAAGAAGUUGGGAUCCAGAGCAAAGCUGUGUGGCUGAAUAUAUCUAGUUGGUAAAGUUCAGCCUUGCAUGACAAUUCCAGCUCCUUUUCUUUCCCAGCAAUGUAGAAUUCCACAUUCUUAAACCCAAAUUUUGAUGCAGGAAUGAACACAUGAAACUCUUUACCUCACCCUUGCUCACAUUGCAAACAAUUUAACAAAUGGUGCAUUCAGUUUCCAGAGACCAGGGCCAG